CAUGCAGCUAGCCUCCUAGCACAACAGCAGAGAUAGCAGGAGUGUAAAUAGUCCUCCGUUUUGGGGCAAAACGACACAAAGAAAUGAGUGAACGAAGCUCGAGUCUCCCCCUGGGCUUCAUGGCAGUGACGGAGCGUGUCCACUUGUGACGGCUGAGCGGAUUGGAGGAGGGUCUCAGUGACAGUGGUCAUGCAUCCCUUCGGCUGCGAGGCGGAGACCUCCCUGCAGGAGCUGUUUGAGUAUUUUAAGAGAUGCCUGCAGCACGGGGAGUGGGAGCUGGCCAACGCCUGCGUCCCUCAGCUGGUCAGCUCCACGGGGGGGCUCUCAGAGAAACUGCGAGACAUAAUAAAAGCCAUCGUCAGCCACCCGUACAACUUAAAAUGGGAGUCUGUGGGCAGUCCGCACAAACUGGCUUGGUUUUGGCUUCAGGUGUUGGAGAAAUGGACAGACGAGCAGGUUCCUCCGGACGUCAGGAGAGAGCUGGAGUUCCUGCUGCUCCUGGAGGAACUCGGCUCAGAAAACAUACCAGAGACUUCCCUCAAGGAGUUGCACCGGGCCUUUCUGAGCUCGCAGUCGGAGCAAAAACCUCCGGAGGGUCAAAGGUCAACAGACGCCACGGUCGAGUCCUGCCUGCGGACGUUACUGGAGAAGAAGAAGCCCAGACUCGCCCAGACCUUAGCACAUUUCUUACAGUGUUCCUCAGAGGAGCGUCCGCUGCAGCUCACCUUCAUCCAGCACCUGCUGCACCAGCUGAGGAAACCGGAGUCUCGGCCUGAGAAGGUGGAGCAGUUUGUGGAGGAAAUGUACUCCGUGUUGUCCGUGAUGCCGUGGAGCUCCAGGAGGGCGGGCGGGGGUCAGCUGGAGGCCCUCUGCGAGGCCCUGUGGGGGGCCAGAGACGGGCCCCUGAAGGAGGAGAGGGUCCUGGGCUCGCUGCUCCGCCCUCAGGGGGACGACCUCGUCUCCGUGUACUGCUCCGUCGCCCUGAGGCUCCAGAGGGACCACCUGCUGAGGAGCGCCCCUCUAACUCAAGUUUUCAUCAGGAUUGCACCUACCUACUCAAACUAA